AUGUCAGUUCAAGGUAUUCAAGAAUGGACUGUCCCUGUAACUGGGUUGUAUCGAAUAAGAGCUGCAGGAGCUGCAGGUGGAAUGUACACAUAUUCAAACACAAGAGGAGGAUAUGGUGCAAUCGUCGAGUCAGAAUUCAAUUUAAGUAAAAGUGGAGUUAUCAAAAUUUUGGUCGGCCAAAAAGGUGAAGAUACAAGAAAAAGAGUUGCCAAAGCAGCCCCAGGAGGUGGAGGAGGUACAUUUGUAUUCGAAAAUACAUCUGUAAGUAAUCCAAUGAUAGCAGCUGGGGGUAGUGGAGGUGGCUCUCCUUCUUCAUCAUCAAACAAAGAUGCUUCAUUUACUGAAAAUGGUCAAAAUUCUGGGACUGGUGAUUUAGGAGGAACAAAUGGAAAUGGCGGCGGAAUAAACAAAGGAAAUUAUGAUUAUUGGGCUGGGGGAGGUGCAGGAUGGCUCACUGAUGGAACAGGUGGAAAUAAUCCAACUUUACAUUCAUUUUCACCUGGUUCAGCAGGAGCUCAAGGAGGAAGAUCCCAAAAAAAUGGUGGAAUUGGUGGAACAAGAUAUAAUGAUGGUAAUGAUGAAGGUGGGGAUGGUGGAUUCGGAGGUGGGGGAGGUGGAGGCUCUGCAAAUAUGGGUACAGGAGGCGGAGGGGGGUAUUCAGGUGGUGCAGGAGCUAAACGAGAUUCAUCAGACAAUGUUUAUAGUGGUGGAGGCGGUGGGUCGUUUUCUAGAAACAAAAAGACGUAUUUAAGUGUCAGUAAUGAUGGUCAUGGUUAUGUAAACAUAACGCUUCUGAAUGUAAUCAAGACUGUCAACUGUAAUACUUGUAAUUAUGUUUUUCAAUCAUCCCUCCUCAAUCUUAUUAAUUCUUACCUCUUUGUUAUUCUAUCUAAUUGA